GUGUUCCUGAGCCUCCCAGUGGUUGACCUGGCUGCUGUUCUCUACAGUUAACCUUUGUGUGGCAGUGACCUUCGGAAGGGAUCCUAGAAAAUGAACCCAGUUGUUACGCAGCCAAGACACGGUGCAGGAGGCUCCACCGUCAGUGACUGGCAAACAGGCGCCUUUGACUGCUGUAGCAACGUGGGGAUUUGCCUCUGCGGGAUUUUCUGUCCGCUGUGCCUUUCGUGCCAGAUUGCCUCUGACAUGGACGAAUGCUGCCUGUGUGGAGCAUCUGUCGCCAUGAGGACCCUGUAUCGAACGCGAUACGGCAUCCCGGGAUCCAUUUGCAAUGAUUCCCUAAUGCUGAUGUGCUUCCCUCUGUGCACCCUUUGUCAACUCAAGAGAGAUAUUGAAAAAAGAAAAGAAAUGAAUGCUUUUUAAAGAUGUUCGGUAAAAUUUACAUUGUGGUGAAAGAAAAUGCUGGUAUGAAAUGCUGCAUUUAUUAAGUGCUAUCUCACCUCAAAUAUUAGAAAUUAAUGCAAUUAAUCAUAUGGUUUCAAACGGCUUCAAGACAUUUUUAUUUCCAGUUAAUUUGGAAAGAGAUAUGUUUCCAGUGCUAUUCUGUAAGGUAACUGCCAUUAAAAACAUUGAUUCCCUCAA